CCCAACAAACUGAAAGGAAACUACAUCCUUGGUGUCAUGCUUACAACUUGUUGCUUAAAUUUAAGCUCGGGUGGCUGCAACUUGAUCUUUGCGGCUGCCACCAGAGGAAGAUCGAGUCCGCCGGUCUUAGUUUGGUUUUGGGACACAUCAACCCCCUCCUGGACCGCUCUGAUCCGUCUGACAGCCGUCUGAGACUUUUAUGGGCUGCCACAGCUACGUCAGGGACUGCGCUUCACCGUGAAGAUGGCGGAGGCUGGGGAUACGCCACAAGUCCGGUUUUUCUGUCACUGCUGUAAAUGUGAAACAAACCCCAAACUCCCGGAUUUCGUAUGCUCCAGAUGUGACUCUGGCUUCAUUGAGGAAGUAACAGAAGACUCCAGUCUCCUGCAGACCAGCAGAGCAUCUGUUCCCAGUGAAGAUUCAAACUCACUGCUCUCAGAAUUAUGGCAGCUGCUGUUUAUGGAGCGCUCUGCUCUGCUGUCGCAUCCGCCCUCCUCCGAGUCCGACCCCGAUGACGGUGAGCAGGGAUCUGCUGGUCAGAGCCGUCUUCUUCCAGCAUCACCGGGCCCUGCUGAGGCCACAGAACCAGAGUCUCCUUCCAACCCAGAGCAAGAGACACCGUCUAGGACCUCCGAACAAAGGCCUGCCGUUGAAGGGAUGGUGCAGCAGUUCUUGGCUGGCCUGUUUGCCAACAACGGAAACCCCGGCGCUGCACCAGCUGCACUAUCCAGCAUGCUUCAGUUGUACUCAAACCCUGGAGAUUAUGCGUGGGGUCAGAGCGGUCUUGACUCUGUCAUCACGGAGUUAUUAGGACAGUUGGAGAACACAGGUCCACCCCCAGCAGAAAAGGAGAUGAUCUCAUCCCUGCCAACCGUUUGCAUCUCUCAAGAACAGACAGAUUGCAGACUGGAGUGUCCGGUUUGCAGGGAAGAGUAUUCAUUAGGGGAAACUGUAAGGAAGCUUCCCUGCCUUCAUUACUUCCACAGUGAAUGUAUAGUGCCGUGGCUGGAGCUGCACGACACUUGCCCUGUGUGCCGCAAAAGCCUCGACGGUGUCGACAACAGCCUCCCACCCACAUCGGAACCCGCAGAAUCCCGCUCCCUCAGGACAGAGCAACAGGAGAGGCAGGCGAUCUGAGAAACGGGGCAACAACUCUGCUUUAUUGUACUUUUUUCAGGAGUCACACCUCCCACGUCGGAAAUUUCGCUCAACACAUCAGCUGCUUUUAAAUAAAACAGAUGCGUCAGAGUCAUAAUUUGCAGCUUUAACUCUCACUUGGUUCACGCAUCUCUGGAACUUCUACUCCAGCAUAGUCACCAUUUUAUGCUACAUCUGAGAGUUUGCUGACAAAAUUCAGAGGUGAUGUGUCCUCCUUGUUAUGCUGCACUCUUAGGUGGUUUUCCGAAUGACCGAUUUUGAUGUCAUGAACUAAUCCCCACUGAGCUAUCUGUGGUUGUCAAAGAGGAACUCACAGAAUUAUGCAUUAUUCUCUUGGUAAGAGAGUUUCUUAAUGCAGUAUAUUGUUGACCUUUUACCUGUGUACAGCCGUUAUUAAAGCCCAACCCAGUGAUCUUUAC